ACUAUUAUAAACUAAAACUACCACUUGUACUAGAAUUUGUACAUAUUCAGAUUUAAUGUUUUUUUUUGUUUUAAAAAAUUAUUUAUGAGCUAUGAGCAUAAAAAUGAGUGAAAACUCCGAAAUUCUUUGCACGGAUGGCGCUUCGUUAGUUAAUGUAAACGAAAGGAAUAACCAGAAAUCUGUAGAUGAAGCAAUAGGAGAAAGUAAACAAAAAGACAAUUUAAAAAACGAGAAUGGAAACGAGUGCGGUAAACCAUCAAAGGUAGAAGACGAACGUUCUUCAAAUAAACAAAACGAGACUCCAACCAAUGAUUCUAAUUCUUAUAAUCCAAAAGACGUUCAUUACGAAGGAGAUGUUGCUAUAUAUACUGAGCCGGGUACAAAUACUCAGUACCAAUGGGAUAAUGAAAGGAAAGAGUGGACUCCAAGAAAUAACAUCGUUUAUGGUUUUGAGGAUGAUACCCAUGUUUACACAGACAGUGAUGGAAUGAAGUAUUUUUGGGAUAAGGAAAAAACUGCUUGGUUUCCUAAAGUCGAUGAAGACUUCAUGGCUAGAUAUCAAAUGAGUUAUGGUUUUGUAGAUAAUACCAAAAUAGAAGUUAAGAAGCCGCCAGACGACAAAGUGCAACCACAAGAUCCAAAAAAAGUUAAAGGCGAGAAGAGAAAAGCCUCUGAACCUACAUGGUUCGAAAUAGACGAGAAUCAAAAUACAAACGUGUAUGUGUCUCAUUUACCUAUAGAUAUCGAAGAACAGGAAUUCGUGGACCUGAUGCAGAAAUGUGGCCUGGUAAUGAGAGACCCCCAGUCCGGAAAUUUCAAGGUAAAACUGUACAAAGAGCCGGGCACGGAUAUUAUCAAAGGUGAUGCUCUCUGCACUUACAUCAAAAUCGAGUCGGUCGAUCUAGCUCUCAAACUGCUUGACGGUUACGAUUACAGGGGUCACAAAAUCAAAGUGGAAAAGGCAAAGUUUCAACUAAAAGGCACGUACGAUCCUAAACUAAAACCUAAAAUGAAAAAGAAGAAAGAUAAACUGAAAAUGAAGAAAGCGCAAGAAAAACUAUUCGAUUGGAGACCCGAGAAGAAAAUCGGUGAAAGGGCAAAACACGAGAGAGUAGUUAUAGUGAAGAACUUGUUCGACCCCUCUAUUUUCGAUACGGACGUGAGUCUUAUCUUGGAAUUCCAACAGGACUUACGGGAGGAAUGUUCCAAACUGGGAGAGGUGCGGAAAGUGCUUCUCUACGACAGGCAUCCAGAAGGAAUAGCUCAGAUUAAUAUGGGUUGUCCCGAAGAGGCAGACCAGGUGGUAGAACUAUUAAACGGUAGAUGGUUUAUGAAGAGACAGUUAUCGGCAGAGAUUUGGGAUGGCAGGACUAAAUACAAGGUAGCAGAAACAGAUUCUCAAAUUACGCAAAGGAUAGAUAAAUGGGACAAGUUCCUCGAGGGCGGAGAAGAACAGAAAAAUGAUAAGGUGAUACAAAAUGAUGACGAUGAGGGAAGCACACUCGAAGCGAACACAAGAAAUGGAGAAAAUGUUAAGGAAGAGUGUUUAUAAAUUGACUUUAAAAAUUAAAAUGUAAACUAAUAUUCUCUACAAAAUAAUUGAACAUUGUCUUGGGAAUCCCCAUAACUCUAGGUUUUAGAUGUAUUCAUUAAUAUUGUUAUUUGGUGAAAUUCAUUUGGGAAUAAAACCAUUAAAAAUAGUAUGUACAUAGUGUUGUAUAAAAUAAAA